GAACCCCCAAGACGCUCACCAACAUGCCUCUCAACUAUUCAAAGUGGGAUCAACUUGAGCUUUCUGAUGAUUCUGACAUCGAGGGCCAUCCCAACGUUGACAAGCGUUCUCUCAUCCACUGGAAGCAAAGGGAUAUCCAUGAAAAGCGCGAGGCCCGUAAACAUCACAUUGUCGCCCUUGGCGCAGAAAUCGCAUGCAAUCGCGUCCUCCAACCUCGCCUCAUCUCCAUCGCCACAGGUGUCUCAGAAAAGGGCCCUUCUCAUUUCUCUAAUCUCGUCGAGCAAUUGCAGACCAACCCUAGUCCAGAUGCGCCACCGACAAAUGCCCCAGGCCAGCCAACCUACGACGCUAUGAUCCUGAGCUUGUUACUCCAAAUCUGGGAGGAAGCGAAGAAAAACGGUGUGGGCAAGGACAGCGACAAACUUGGGGAUGUCCUUCAUGCUGGGAUCGAAAAUCAUUUAAAACAGCUUGAAGACCACACUAAGAAACUAGAGAAAGAUCUUGAAGAGGAAAAGAAAGAGCAGAAAAAGCAUAUCACAAGUGAAGACAUACAUGAAGGCUUCGAAUCCAAGUAUAUCCCGCCAUUACCUGCUCCUGCUCCUAUCAAAAACGCCAAAACUGAGGUGCCGAAGAAGACGAAAACAACAGCAACAACGUAUGAAGUACUCAACCCCGCCUCCUCCUCUCAAGCAUCCUCGUCCAAGCCUUCGAAAUCCGCGUCCGCUGAAUCUGAAGAUUCAGAGGAAGAAAUAACCGAAGAUCUCCCUGAACUUACACCUUCACUUGAGGCAUUCUCCCGUUUACCGAUCCACGGAUACGAAAAAUCAUGGGAGUACAUCCAAGCUCACAGGGACGUGAUAGUCCCUGGUGCGUCUGAUGCCUUGCUUGUGGCGGCCUUCCGCGCACAAUCCGAUGGAAUGACUGCAGAGUCCAACGGAGAGAAAAGAAAGGCAUUGGCACAGAAGAAAUACGCGAAACAAUGUGUUCACCAAAGUUUACUGUUGCAGUAUUGCGAUAAGCUUGGUGUAGAUGGUGUAAGGGUGUUCUUCAAAAAGAUGAUAUCUGGCGACAAACGUGCGGAUGCCGUCUUCGUGAAAGACGUCGAAGAUACCUAUGCACACCUGGAAACCCGUGUUUCUGCUUCUCUCGCUGCCUCUGAUGAUGCUGGAAAGGAACAAAUCCAGCUGGUGCCUGAAAACCCGGAGACCACUAUCAGCUUCAACGUUCCCGAUGGUCCACCACCUGAAGACUUGCGUCUAGAGGGUCCAGGGACGGAGAAUAUGGAUAUCGAAGAAGUGAGAAAGGCUCUGCAGAUGCGGUGGGAUGUGUUUUCAGGAUUUAGUCUGGAGUUACAAAAGGCUCUACAAGAUGGAAAGCUGGAUAGUGUCAACAAGGUGCUUGGUGGGAUGCAGGUGGACGAGGCAGAGGAAGUCGUGAGGCUUCUUGACAUUGGAGGGAUUUUGAACUUUGCAGACGGAGGGAUUAGAGAUGAGACAGGAAAAGAAGACGAGGAGGAAGAGUGAAUGUCAGAUUAGAGCCUACUCGUGAUAGCGCUUCUCUCAAGCGCAUUGUAUAACAUCCGUAAUUAUAACGACUUCCUUGUUAUAAAUAUAAAGGGAACACGUGUCUUCCUU